UUGCAGUCUGCAGACACUUGUCCGUUAGUACCCACAGCGACAACAACUAUAAUAGAAGUGGUCAAUUUCAAUAUUACUGUUUGUUAUACGUUAUACCUAAAUAAUAAUUGUGUUUUAAUAAUAUUUACCUAAAAAGAAAAAUAACUAACAAAUAUGAAAUCAACUAUAUCGAUAUUGUUAUGUUUAAUCGCUUUCUUUGGAUCAAGUACUGGUCUAAAAUGCUACACUUGUGGCUGGUGGAGCAAAAAUUGUGGUGACCCAUUCUUGAAAGAUGAUUAUCUUUUAGUUGAAUGUAAUACUAGAGCGAUUAAUGAUUUCAACCACGAACUAGGCAACACCCUAAAUACUGCAAGUAAUGCUCUACAAAAUUUCGCAAAUCAAGUAGGUUUCAACAUCAAUCAUAACAACAAUUUCAAUUUGCCUACCAUUAGUGAAGAUUCAGUUGGAUGCACAAAAGUAGUACUCAAACACGGAGAAGAUAUUGUACGAGUGGCUCGAGGAUGCGUUUAUAACAAAGCAGACUUGUGCAAAGGAAUGCAAAGACUCGACGAUGAGCUGAAAACUCUCAAGUACUGUGGCUCGUGCGACGAUGAUGGUUGUAACGGUUCUAGGUCAUUGAAGUCUUCGGCGGUCGCGAUAACUUUGACUGCGAUGGUCACGUGUCUAUUCUAUGGGCUACAGCACUAAUAAUAAUAUAAUAAUAGAAACCCAAACGCAAUACUGUUUUCAUUAAAAUUGAAAAGUGUACCUGAUAACUAUGUUUUGUUAUAUUGUUUUAAACUGUUAGCUUAUUCAACCACACAAUAAU